GAGCUUGGAGCAAGUAACUGUCAGUGAGGUUGCAGUUGGCCCGGGCUGUUUGGCUGUGAGCGAAAUAGCUGCCCCCCACUUCUCACUUGCACACCACGGGAUACUCCUCCUGAGGCUCCGGAUGAUUCAGAUGGACUGUGAAAAACAACAAGAUGGAUGAUCAUACGGAGAUUGUUUCUAACAUCAAUCUUCACAAAAAUUUUUCUGACACAUGGCUGGAAUAUUUAAGUAGUUUUUCUUCCAGUACUGAGGACCUCCCUGAAGUCAUUCUAACAUUGUCUUUGAUCAGCACCAUUGGAGCAUUUUUGAACCGGCACUUGGAAGACUUUCCAAUUCCUGUCCCUGUGAUAUUAUUUUUACUUGGAUGCAGUUUUGAAGUAUUAAGCUUUACAUCUUCACAGGUCCACAGAUACGCAAACGCCAUACAAUGGAUGAGUCCAGACUUAUUUUUUCGUAUAUUUACACCAGUAAUUUUCUUUACUACUGCAUUUGACAUGGAUACAUACAUGCUUCAAAAGUUAUUUUGGCAGAUACUUGUAAUUACAAUUCCUGGCUUUUUGGUUAAUUAUAUCUUAGUUCUUUGGCAUCUGGCAUCUGUAAAUAAAUUACUUUUGAAGCCCACCCCAUGGUUAUUAUUUUCAGCUAUCCUUGUGAGUUCAGAUCCCAUGCUAACCGCAGCUGCUAUAAGAGACCUUGGGCUUUCUAGAAGUCUCAUCAGUUUAAUUAAUGGAGAAAGUCUGAUGACCUCUGUUAUAUCAUUAAUUACAUUUACUAGUAUUAUGGAUUUUGACAAAAGACUACAAAGUAAAAGAAACCAUACCUUAGGUGAGUUAGUUGGAAUGUCAGGAAUAUUUACUCUGGCCAUUGUGGGACUUCUUUUAAAUUCUACAAGUUUUAAAGCAGCAAUUGAAGAAACACUUCUUCUUGAAUUCUGGACUUUUCUAUCACGUAUUGCUUUUCUCAUGGUGUUUACUUUCUUUGGACUUCUAAUUCCUGCACAUACAUAUUUGUAUAUAAAAUUUGUUGAUAUAUACUAUUCAUUAAAUAUCUACUUCACACUGAUUGUUUUAAGAUUUGUGACCCUUCUGUUAAUGAGCCCUGUUUUGUCUCGAGUUGGUCAUGAGUUCAGCUGGCGCUGGAUAUUCAUAAUGGUCUGUAGUGAAACGAAAGGGAUGCCUAAUAUAAACAUGGCCCUUCUGCUUGCCUACUCUGAUCUUCAUUUUGGAUCUGACAAAGAAAAAUCUCAAAUAUUAUUUCAUGGAGUGUUAGUAUGCCUAAUAACCCUUGUUGUCAAUAGAUUUAUUUUGCCAAUGGCAGUUACUAUACUAGGUCUUCGUGAUGCCACAUCAACAAAAUAUAAAUCGGUUUGUUGCACAUUUCAACACUUUCAAGAGCUAACCAAGUCUGCAGCCUCUGCCCUUAAAUUUGACAAAGAUCUUGCUAAUGCUGAUUGGAACAUGAUUGAGAAAGCAAUUAUACUUGAAAACCCAUACAUGUUGAACGAAGAAGAAACAGAACAUCAGAAGGUGAAAUGUCCACACUGUAACAAGGAAAUAGAUGAGAUCUUUAACACUGAAGCAAUGGAGCUGGCCAACAGGCGUCUCUUGUCGGCACAAAUAGCAAGCUACCAGAGACAAUACAGGAAUGAGAUUCUGUCCCAGAGUGCUGUCCAGGUGUUGGUUGGUGCAGCAGAAAGUUUUGGUGAGAAGAAGGGAAAAUGUAUGAGUCUUGACACAAUAAAGAAUUAUUCUGAAAGCCAAAAAACAAUUACCUUUGCUAGAAAACUACUACUUAAUUGGGUGUAUAAUACCAGAAAGGAAAAAGAGGGCCCAUCAAAAUACUUCUUUUUUCACAUAUGCCAUACAAUAGUAUUUACUGAGGAAUUUGAACAUGUUGGAUACCUUGUGAUAUUAAUGAAUAUAUUUCCCUUUAUAAUCUCUUGGAUAUCCCAGUUAAAUGUAAUCUACCACAGCGAAUUAAAACACACUAACUACUGUUUUCUUACACUUUAUAUUCUAGAGGCACUACUUAAGAUAGCAGCAAUGAGGAAGGACUUCUUUUCACAUGCCUGGAACAUAUUCGAGUUAGCAAUUACAUUAAUUGGCAUCUUACAUGCAAUACUUUUUGAAAUAGACACCAUUAAGUAUAUUUUUAAUGAGACUGAAGUAAUAGUCUUUAUAAAAGUUGUUCAAUUUAUUCGUAUACUACGCAUUUUCAAGCUCAUAGCACCAAAGUUGCUGCAAAUAAUAGAUAAAAGAAUGAGUCAUCAGAAGACCUUUUGGUAUGGAAUACUAAAAGGAUAUGUCCAAGGCGAAGCAGACAUAAUGACUAUAAUUGAUCAGAUUACAAGUUCUAAACAGAUUAAACAGAUGUUAUUAAAGCAAGUGAUAAGGAAUAUGGAACAUGCUAUGAAAGAGCUAGGCUACUUAGAGUAUGAUCACCCAGAAAUUGCUGUCACUGUGAAAACAAAGGAAGAAAUCAAUGUUAUGCUCAAUAUGGCUACAGAAAUUCUUAAGGCUUUCAGAUUAAAAGGAAUUAUUAGUAAAACUGAAGGUGCUGGAAUUAAUAAGUUAAUCAUGGCCAAAAAGAAAGAGGUGCUUGAUUCUCAAUUUAUUAUCAGGCCUCUUACUGUUGAAGAAGUCCUGUAUCAUAUUCCGUGGCUAGAUAAAAACAAAGACCAUAUAAACUUCAUUCAGGAAAAAGCCAAAGUUGUAACAUUUGAUUGUGGAAAUGAUAUAUUUGAAGAAGGUGAUGAGCCCAAAGGAAUCUAUAUCAUUAUUUCAGGCAUGGUAAAGCUUGAAAAAUCAAAGCCAGGUUUAGGGAUUGAUCAAAUGGUGGAGUCAAAGGAGAAAGAGUUUCCGAUAAUUGACACAGACUAUAUGCUCAGUGGAGAAAUAAUAGGAGAGAUAAACUGCUUAACUAAUGAACCUAUGAAAUAUUCUGCCACCUGCAAAACUGUAGUGGAGACAUGUUUUAUUCCCAAAACUCACUUGCAUGAUGCUUUUGAGCAAUGCUCUCCUCUCAUUGAACAUAAAAUGUGGCUAAAAAUUGGACUCGCUAUUACAGCCAGAAAAAUCAGAGAACACUUAUCUUAUGAGGAUUGGAACUACAAGAUGCAACUAAAGCUCUCUAAUAUUUAUGUAGUAGAUAUACCAAUGAGCACCAAAACUGAUAUUUAUGAUGAAAAUCUAAUCUAUGUUAUCCUCAUACAUGGAGCUGUAGAAGAUUGUCUGUUACGAAAAACUUACAGAGCACCUUUCUUAAUUCCUAUAACAUGCCAUCAGAUACAAAGUAUUGAAGAUUUCACAAAAGUAGUGAUUAUUCAAACUCCAAUUAACCUGAAAACAUUCAGAAGGAAUAUUAGAAAGUUUGUUCCUAAACAUAAAAGUUAUCUUACACCAGGAUUAAUAGGUUCAGCUGGAACAUCGGAAGAAGGCAUUCAAGAAGAAACAAAUGUUAAGGAGAUGCAAGAGCCUGCACAUUUUCUUGAUGAUCUCAAUGACAAAGUUCAACUCUAAGGAGUCCCCUAGAAUAAACCUAAGGAAAGUCAGGAAAGAGUAAGACUGUUUUGAAGACCGAAGCGUGUAUUAAUGCUGUGGCUAUGAGAGGCCUCCUGCUGCAGAAACACACUUCCCUACAUCAAGAAGGAGCAACUUCAGGUUGGAUCCUGUGUGGACGAUCUUGGUGCUAGGCAGAAAAGAAAUUUGGACCUUGAGACCAGCAGUUCAACAUAUAUACUUUUUGCAAAAUUUCCUUGAUUUAAAAUAUUUGUUAUUUUAAAUAUACAAAACAUUUUAGAAAAUCUCAGAGUAAAUUUUAGUCUUAAAGCCAGAAAAUAAGCUUAUAGCCAUCUAGAUAUUUUGCAUAUUGCUCUUACAGCAAUAAUGGUUUGGCUCACUUUAUGAAAAAUAAAAUGUAUUAAAAUAUAGUUUAAAUGUU